GAAAAAUCCUAGAAAACCUUAGAAAAAUCUAGAAAAUCUUAGAAAAACCCUAAAAAUCCCUCUAGUCGAUGAAAAAUGCGAGGAAGGAAGAGAAGCAAACAUCUUGCUGGCACUAGACUCUGUUUUCGAAGAAGGGGAGCUUCUAAAGCGUAGAAGAAAAGGUAUCCUUAAAAUAUUUAUAGCAAUUGAAGUAAAUUAAAACAAAUGGCAAAUGCACAUAGAAGUUUAUAUUUAUAACACAAAGUAUCCCUUUCUUUCUGAAUGUCAAAUGCAGGAGAUCUUCACUGGAAGCAAGUAUCUUUCAAUAUGAAUUCAAAUUUACAGGUUAUAGCAAAAAUGAAGAGCAAGCACAUGGCAGGAACAUUCACCAAAAAGAAGAAAUGUAUAGUCACCGGAGUCUACAGUGAUGUCCAAGCUUGGCCGGGAAGAGAGAAAGAAGACUUAAUAGAAAAGAGGGCAUAUUUCGGAAUUAAAACUGCAGAAAGGAUAAUAGAGUUUGAAUGUGAGAGUAAAAGAGACAAACAGUUCUGGCUUGAUGGGAUUCAGUAUAUGUUGAAUUGCCGUGCCAAAGCGGCAUAAAUAUAAAUAGAAAAUAAGAAAAAAUAAAAUGGCUGAUAUGGGGUUGCUUUUUCUA